AUGAAGGACCGGACGACCGGCAAGGCUCGCGGUUUUGGUUUUGUGAUAUUUGCCGACCCUGACGUGGCGGAUCGCGUGGUUCUCGAGAAGCACACUAUCGAUGGCAGACAGGUGGAAGCUAAAAAAGCCGUUCCUCGAGACGAGCAGAAUCUUCCUAGAGGACUCGAUUCAUCUCAAGGCAACAUGUCCGGAGAACAAGCAGCAGGAGGCGGCGGCGGCGGGCAGCCUAUCCAGCGGACAAAGAAGAUCUUUGUCGGCGGCCUCGCAUCCACCGUCACGGAGGACGAUUUCCGUCAGUAUUUUGAGCAGUUCGGCACGAUCACGGACGUCGUCGUGAUGUACGACCACAACACACAGCGGCCGCGCGGAUUCGGCUUCAUCACGUACGAUUCGGAGGACGCGGUCGAGCGCGUGCUGCAGAAGACGUUCCACGAGCUCAAGGAGAAGAUGGUUGAGGUCAAGCGCGCCGUGCCCAAGGACAACAUGGGCGGCGGCGGCGGCGGCGGUCGCGGCGGCUACGGCGCAAGGGGAGGGUACGGAUCUGGCGGGUACGGUGGCGGUGGCGGUUACGGCGGAGGAGGCGGGGGCGGUUACGGGGCUCGCGGCGAUUCGCGGUACUCCGGCGGUUAUGCUGCCGGCGGCGGUCGCGGCGGGUACGGCGGGUACGGCGGUGGCGGCUAUGGAGCGUAUGGCGGUCAGUACGGCGGUGGGAUGAACGGGGGCGGGUAUGGCGGAGGGUACGGCUCGGGCGGCUACGGUGGAAGCGCCGCUGCCUACGAGGGAGGGUACGGGGCGGCUGGCGGUUAUGGCGGAAGCUCCGGCUACGGCGGAUCUCCCGGCGCGGGCGGUUAUGGUCAAGCUGGCGGUGCCGGCGGACGGUCCCAAUGGCCCGCCGGGUACGGUCAGGGCGCGGCGGGUGGCUAUGGCGGUGGCUCUGCGGGUGGCGGGUCUGGUUAUGCACAGGGAGCCACCGGCCAAGGCUACGGUGCUUCGGGCGCCGCUGGCCAAGGCUACGGUAGCUCUGGUUACGGUUACGGCGGGGCGGAAGGGUACGGCGCGGGGGCUGGCACCGCAGGUGGUUAUGCGAGCGGCGGAGGUGCGAGGCAAGGCGGGUACGGCGCGACUGGUGGUACUGGCGGCUAUGGAAGCGGAGGCCAGGCGGCGGGAACCACUAGUGCGAAUUAUUCUGGCUACAGUGAUGCGUAUGGUAGCUCCGGCGGGUAA